CUGCGCCCUGUUUAUGACUCUGAUGAGUUUAUGUGAAAGCCCUUUUAUGUUGAGGCCCUUCUGAUCUGAUUGUCAUUUAAAAAUGACAGAAUCAGAAAUCCCAAAGUGUCCUGUUUGUGGAAAAACAGUGCUUCCUUUGUCUACUCUCACUCGGCAUGUUGAGGAAUGUCUUCUCCGUUCGGAGACAAGAAGGGAAACUCGUGCAAAACCUUUCAACGAAUGCAAUGGAGAUUCUCACAAGUCAUUCUUCAGUUUAAUGAAAUCAUCCUCCAAGGUGGCUUUUAAUAGAACUCAAAACUCGCCUCAAAMUGAUCAAAAGAGAGUCGCUUCUUCUUUGGCGGGAAAAUCAGACAGCUCUCCCCCAGGCAAGAGACCAAAACUUGAAGAUCCAAAAAARGGUGCCUCAGCUUUUUUCGAGCCCAGGAAAGACAAUGUAAAACAAAYUGCACGGGUUUCACUAAAACCUGUACAAAAUGUUUCAAAGGAAUUAACUGGGAAUCAAAACAAAUCUACAGUCGAUCCAGCUGUUAAACCGGUUUCUCUUGAUUCCCCCAGCAAUCAAAUCAAAUCUCAAAAUCCUGUUAUACCAGUAUCUGUAGGUCACAAUAUCAACAAUGAAAAAGCUUCCCACAAAAGGGAAUUUGUUCCACUUGCUGAACGAAUGCGACCAUGUGGACUUCAAGACUAUUUGGGGCAAACCAAGGUUGUGGGAAGUAAUUGUCUAUUACGGUCUCUGUUGGAAGCUAAUGAAGUACCAUCCAUGAUCCUCUGGGGACCUCCAGGAUGUGGAAAGACUUCACUUGCACAUGUCAUUGCCACUGGUACAAAGAAAACAAGCAACACCAGAUUUGUUACCCUGUCUGCAACCACAAGUGGUAUAAAUGAUGUCAAAGAAGUUAUAAAAGUGGCAAAAAAUGAACAGCGGAUGUUUAAACGUAAAACAAUUCUGUUUAUGGAUGAAAUACACAGGUUUAACAAGUCACAACAGGACACCUUCCUUCCUCAUGUAGAAAAUGGCACAAUCACUUUAAUUGGAGCUACAACAGAAAACCCUUCCUUUCAUCUCAAUACAGCUUUGCUCAGUAGAUGCAGGGUGUUUGUCCUUGAAAAACUUUCCUCAAGUGCAAUACAAGAAAUCAUUUUCAGAGCUAUCAAGGCAAUGGGACUGGAGGUAGUUGAUAAUGAUGACAGUAGAGCAGCUUCUGAUUGUUGUGAAGUCAUCAUUGACAAAGAUGCAGUGAUUGCACUCUCAAACCUUUGUGAUGGUGAUGCCAGAGUAGCUCUUAAUGGUCUUCAACUUGCUGUUCAGUCACGAAUGGCAGCGUCAAAACAACCUCCUGCUGUUGACCAUGACACAUCAGUAGAAAGAAGUGCUCAACCCACAAACAAAGCUAUAAGUUCCAACAAUGCACCAGUUAGAGUGAGCGUAGCUCAUAUUAAAGAGGGUCUUCAAAGAACUCAUUUGCUGUAUGACAAGAAGGGAGAUGAACAUUAUAAUAUCAUAUCUGCUCUACAUAAGUCAAUGAGGGGAAGUGACGAGAAUGCUUCAUUGUAUUGGUUGGCAAGGAUGCUGUGUGGUGGWGAAGAUCCUUUGUAUAUUGCUCGCAGGCUUGUCAGAUUUGCUAGUGAAGAUGUUGGAUUGGCUGAUCCCACUGCAUUGAACCAAGCCGUAGCUGCAUAUCAGGCAUGUCACUUCAUUGGGAUGCCAGAGUGUGAGGUCAUCUUAGCCCAAGCAGYUGUUUACCUCGCUAGAGCACCUAAAUCAAUUGAAGUAUACGGCGCAUACAACAAAGCUAAACAGUGCAUCAAAGACUGGGAAGGACCUCAACCAUCUGUCCCCCUACACAUCAGAAAUGCACCCACAAAGCUUAUGAAAAACCUCGGCUAUGGAGCUGGUUAUAUAUACAAUCCUCAUGUUGAUGGACCUGUUGAUCAGACAUAUCUUCCCCCAGAACUAGAUCAUGUAAACUUCUUUGGUAAUGAAACAUGUAGAAGAUAAUUUUGUAAGAAAAGAAGUAAAAUAAAAAAUAAUA